AUGAAGCUCUAUUACAUUGUUCUUGGUCUUUGCCUGUUUGGUACAGGUCUGUGUUUGUUAGGCACAGAAGGUUCGGAACAACAACUGCUACAGCAGCAUCCAGAUCUUCGUGCAGCUCCUCCAAGUCGAGAACCAGCGAUGUUCAAUCCUAAACUUGUUGAUAUAUUGCAAAAUAAAAUUAAUGGUUUUCGAGCACCAGUUGCGGAUAAAGCUGUACCAACAAAUGCAAAUGUAGCUGCCGACAGCUGUGAAUGUUCAUCUUGCGUGUGUACAAGCGCGGCUUGUGUAUGCCAAAAAUGUGUAUGUGCAGAAAAGGUGUAA